UUCCUAACCUAUAUAAAGCAUCGACGCGAGCGCUCGCGCACUCAAUACGAAACGAACAAUCACUACGUGUACACUAAUUUAUUCUCGAAGAAGCUUGUGAUUUUAAGUUUGUGUGGACUUUUCGUGACAUUAGUGCAGUGAAAAUGGGAAAAGACUAUUACCGAAUCCUCGGCAUAUCAAAAGGAGCCAGUGACGACGAGAUCAAGAAAGCCUACCGCAAACUCGCCCUCAAAUACCACCCGGACAAGAACAAGUCCAAAGAGGCUGAAGAGCGCUUCAAGGAAGUGGCCGAGGCUUACGAAGUUCUUUCCGACAAGAAAAAACGCGACAUCUACGACGCCUACGGCGAGGAGGGCCUCAAGGGGGGCAUCCCCGGCGACUCUGGCACCUCAGCCCCCGGGGGCUUCACCUACACCUACCACGGAGACCCGCGCGCCACCUUCGCCCAGUUCUUCGGCAAUGCGAGCCCCUUCGAAGCCUUCUUCAGAGGCAAUCAGACCAUGUUUGCGUACCAAGACGACGACAUGGACUCCGAUCCGUUUAUUAACAUCACGGGUGGGAGGGCUCCUGGGGGCGCCUUCCGCAGCCAGUCCUUCAACUUCCAGGGCAGCCCCCAGCGCGGGAAAGACAAGCAGGACCCCGCUAUCGAGCACGACCUCUACGUCUCGCUGGAGGACAUCGCCAAAGGCUGCACGAAGAAGAUGAAGAUUAGCAGGAAGGUGUUGCAAGCGGACGGCUCUACGAGGAGCGAAGACAAGGUUUUGACUAUUAAUGUGAAGCCGGGGUGGAAAGCGGGAACUAAGAUCACCUUCCCCAGGGAAGGGGACCAAGGGCCAAAUAAAAUCCCGGCGGAUAUUGUGUUUAUCAUCAGGGAUAAGUCGCAUCCUUUGUUCAAACGUGAGGGAAGUGAUAUUAAAUAUGUGGCUAAGAUUACGCUCAAGCAGGCUUUGUGCGGGUGUUCGAUUGAAGUGCCAACCCUAACCGGCCAGAAAAUCCCUAUCCAUUUCACCAACGAGGUUGUUAAACCCACAACAGUGAGGAGGUUGCAAGGUUACGGCUUGCCCCUACCCAAGGAACCUUCCAGAAGAGGAGAUCUCAUUGUCAAUGUUGACAUCAAGUUUCCAGAGAGGCUUUCACAAUCUGCUAAGGACAUUUUGUACGAUACAUUGCCUAACUAAACAGUUUGUUUAUGUAAUUGAAUAAGUCAGGCUGUACGUUUUAGUACAAAUUAGUUAAAUUUAAGCUUUGUUAAUUUAAUCGACUUGUAUGAUGUUUAUUGUAUUAUAAAGUAGCGUCGUGUGUGAUAUUUUAUCUGUUAUGAAUUAGUAAUAAACUCUUUUAUUAUUUUUUCUAA